ACACGCGCGCUCUCCUCCCUCUCCCCGUUCUUCCCCCUCUCCUCUGUCGCCCUCUGUCCCUCCCGCUUCCCUGCUCAGUUUGUGGCUGACCCAGCACCCAGACCCCUCGUCCCUGGCCACCGCGGGCGCCCCACCUCCCGAGCAGUGAGCUGCGUGCCGGCCCUGCGCCUGGACAGAGGGGACUCUGGCACCGGCCCCCUGCGCUCCGCCUGCCGGGCGCCUGCGUUUCUCCUGGGAUUCCAGGAGGCUCUCGCUGGAGGGCCAAGAGCCUCCUGACUGAAGGCGCUUGCAGUCAGAGUGAGGAAGCAGCUGCCGCGGCGCGGACCCCUGAACCGAGGAGUCUCAUAGCUGGUGGGAGACAGAGUGCCGCGAUUCACCUCCGCAGUUCACACCCAGCCUCCGGCAGAAGCCGCCAAGGGCGUGGGGCCAUGGACUGACAGGCAGCGCACCCAGGGCUCCUCGCUCCCCAGAGCGCCACCGAGAGCCGAGGGCUUCACUAUGCUGGCGCCAGGCAGCGGCCCCGAGCAGAGGACCAGGCCUGCCCUGCAGUGGCGGCAGGUCUCCUGGAUCACCUGCUGGAUCGCCCUGUGUGCCGUGGAGGCGCUCCCCGCCUGCCCUUUCUCCUGCAGGUGUGACAGCCGCAGCCUGGAGGUGGAUUGCAGUGGCCUGGGCCUCACCUCGGUGCCCCCGGACGUGCCCGCUGCCACCCGGACCCUCUUGCUCUUGAACAAUAAGCUGAGUGCCCUGCCAAGCUGGGCUUUCGCCAACUUGUCCAGCCUGCAGAGGUUGGACCUGUCCAACAACUUCCUGGACCAGCUGCCCCGCUCCAUUUUCGGAGACCUGACGAAUCUGACUGAGCUGCAGCUGCGCAAUAACAGCAUCAGGACCCUGGACAGGGACCUGCUGCGGCACUCGCCACUGCUCCGCCACCUGGACCUGUCCAUCAAUGGCCUGGCCCAGCUGCCCCCCGGCCUCUUCGAUGGGCUCCCGGCUCUGCGCUCCCUCUCGCUCCGCUCCAACCGCCUACAGAACCUGGACCGGCUGACAUUCGAGCCCCUGGUGAGCCUGCAGCUGCUGCAGGUUGGGGACAACCCCUGGGAGUGUGACUGUAACCUGCGUGAGUUCAAACACUGGAUGGAGUGGUUCUCCUACCGAGGGGGCCGCCUGGACCAGCUUGCCUGCACCCUCCCCAAGGAGCUGAGGGGGAAGGACAUGCGCAUGGUCCCCAUGGAGAUGUUCAACUACUGCUCCCAGCUGGAGGACGAGAAUAGCUCGGCUGGGCUGGAUGUUCCUGGGCCGCCCUGCACCAAGGCCAGCCCCGAGCCUGCCAAGCCCAAGCUCGGGGCUGAGCCGGAGCCGGAGCCCAGCACGGCCUGCCCCCAGAAGCAGAGGUACCGGCCCGUGAGCGUGAGGCGCGCCAUCGGCACGGUGAUCAUCGCGGGAGUGGUCUGCGGCGUGGUGUGCAUCAUGAUGGUGGUGGCCGCUGCCUACGGCUGCAUCUACGCCUCCCUCAUGGCCAAGUACCACCGGGAGCUCAAGAAGCGCCAGCCCCUGAUGGGGGACCCCGAGGGGGAGCACGAGGACCAGAAGCAGAUCUCUUCUGUGGCCUGAGCACCCACCUGCUGGCCCAGGCCCACCCUCCUCCCGCCUGGGCAGAGGAGCCGCAGCGUGGACCUUGAACCUCCAAGCCUCCCUGGAAGCUGCGUCGUGCUGAAGGCCCUGCUGAUGCUCCCCUCUGGGGCACCUGGGGAGCUCCCCAAGCCUCUGGCCCCAGAAGGAAAGGCGGUUGUGCGACAGGAGGGUCUGGAUCGAGCACCCCUCGUCCUCGCCAUGGGGCAGUCACAGCGGGUGGCUCACCCUGUCCCCCACUCAUCCCCCCUCAUCCACACUUAGUGGGUGGGGAGGGAGCCACUCGGCGGCCGGGGUAGAUUUCUGUGACUCUCUGCUAAGCCGGAAAGAUAUUCUUAAGCCCUUGCAGUGUGGAAGCUGGGGGUCCAACAUGCAGACACACCAACCCUGUCCCUGGACCCAGCACUCAGAAGCACAGUGCACGGUUCUGGCACACUCCCUGGGCCGCUGCCAUGUCCCGACCUGCUCUAGACCCGCUGACCUGCCCUCCUGGACACACUGCUUCACUCACACACACCCCGCAUCACCAGCACAGCUGUACGGCGAACAGUUGGCACACCCCUCCCAGAGACCGGGGCCUUGAGGACCUGGGCCGUAGGGACAGGCUCUUCCCCUCGGUUCUCUGGCCCCGAGGCCUCAGACCCGCGCCGGCUUCCUGCAGUCUUCUCAAGUCAACACCAAUAACACAAGGAUUCUCUGAGAUCCUCUAAAGUGGGCCAACGCGGUGCUGCCGGAUGAGAUUUCCCGUCACCAUGGUAACCCACUCACACCUCUGCUGCCGGGUUUUCCGGGGACACGGGCCCAGGGGCUGGGAAACAGCUGUGUGUGUGGAUGCAGCCUCCUGAGAGCCCCGCCACACGCCCCAGUGUCACCUCUGUCCUGCCCACGCACGCCGUCGCCGCCAGGCCCCGUGGGGACGCCACUGUCUGCACGCCUGUGCCCUGCAGCCUGGCACCAUUACUCUCCACCCCUCCCCCCUCCAUCCUCGGCGUCUUCCGGCCUGUGUCCUUGGGUUGGGGCUGGACAGUGCCCUGUGGUGGGUGGGACCCCGUGGGAAAGCGGACGGCAGGCAGAGAGCACGGUGGCUCUGUCUGAGGUUCGCUGCCAGCCAACAUGUCUCAGACUCCAGGAGCAGGGAGCGGACGGCCACAUGCUGUGCAGAGGCUUAACCCAUGGGGGCUCCUUUCCCAGGGUUUGUCUGCCCAGUCUGCUCCCAGGCAGCGGGCCAGGGGUCCUGUCUGGGACAGGGACACCUGCCUCCAGGGAUGUGCAGGUUUCUCAGGGUCGCUAGUCUCCUGUUCUGGCUCUGCCCCUCUGGGAGAGCCCGGUGUUGGGUGGGCACUGAGGUCUCCUCAUGCUCAGAGAGGGUCGGGAAACCCUGGGCUCAUUUCUGGCUACCAGCGGGGGUCUUGGGUGGCUCGGGAGGAGGCCAGCCAGGUUGCUGAAGCCAAGGGCUGCGGAGGGGCUUAGGGAGCCCGGUUCCCCUUGCCCCUCCCUCCCUACCUGCAAGACAGGGGUGGGUGGGCCGGGCCGGGGGCCUCUGAGACAGAGGCCGGCACUGGCUGCUUAUCGGGCCCACAGGCCUCCCCCAGGCUGGGGCCACAGUCUUCCUUCUUUCGGCUUGUGGGCGGACACCAGAUCUGGGGUUUUCUAAAGGGACUGGGGGGGACGGGAGGGCAUCAUCAAUGGUGGUAUCUUUAGCCUGAGACAGAAGAUUUUUAAAGGCAAAAUUAUAUUUCUGGUUUGUUGUUUCAGAAGACCAAUAAAGACUGUAUUUUCCUA